AAUGUUGUUGACUCAUCCUAUUCUUGUUUUGUGGCCAAAGCAUGAAUUAGUAUUUGUGGCCAAAGCAUAUAUUUCCUCAUUUAACAUGAGUCACAUUGGCUCAAUGGCUGAGCUGGUCAAUUAGCUUCAGCAGACUGACUAAACUAACCAGAAGGGAGUGGUAUAGAAAGCUGUUUUUGCAUGACUUUUUAUGAUAUUUGUAACGAUCAGUAAUAUGCCCACACCACUCAAACACAGAGAAGCCGCUUUUUAAUGUACUUUGUUACCAUUUCUGGGAAAGAAUACUAUUACACUGAUAUUGUAAUAAAUUAUAGGUCAUAUUUCAGAGAAAUCUGGAAACCCUGAACACUUACUUUAAGGGAACACGGGGGUUGUACUGUACAGCCCAACACACAGGUUAUUUACACACUAGCAAUUAUUUGUCAAGAUGUACACAGACCAUUUCUUAAUUGUAGUUUAAUGAUUUGUAAAUUGUCGCAUCAUUAAUAAUACAACCAUCAGAAAAAGCUCAUGUUGCAUCAUUACGUGCAACCACAUAGCACCACCGACCAGGACAUGGAGCUAUACAGUGCCUUCAGAAACUUAUUUCACAUUUUGUUGUGUUACACGUAUUAAACGUAUUAAAAAUGAAAUACAGAAAUCUCAUUUAUAUAAGUAUUCACACCCCUUAGUCAAUACAUGUUAGAAUCACCUUUGGCAGCGAUUACAGCUGUGAGUCUUUCUGGGUAAGUCUCCUUUGCCCACCUGGAUUAAUUCAUGAAUAAAAAUGUGUCAAAACAUAAUUCCACUUUAACAUUAUGUGGUAUUGUGUGUUUGCCAGUGACGCAAAAUAUACAUUUAAUCCAUUUUAAAUUCAGGCUGUAGCACAACAAAAUGUGGAAAACGUCAAGUGGUGUGUCUACUUUCUGAAGUCACUGUAUAAAAACAUACUUGGUUUAUUAUGACAAGUUGAGCUUCAAACCUUCAGUGAAAUAGAGAUUAUGUAAAAAUCUACUAGUGAUAAUCACCUGUAAUGAGGUCAAAAUGUCACACUUUGACACAUGUAAAUUGUCUUCCCUUUACUUAUCCAUGCAUUUUACUACACUCUUGCGCUCUGCUCGUACUAUGCUGCAUUGCUUCCAUGAUUCAUUUAGACUUAGAAAAGCAAAGGUUCAUCUGUCAUUCUUUACUCAUCAGAACAUGCUUUUUUUUAAAACUAAACCUAGUUAAAGAGCAUAUUCUGUACUGUAAUAUUCUAAAACAAUGUAUUUUACAGUGACACACAACGACAUUACUUUACGUUUGUCUGUCUCGACUAUGUAAAAAAACAAUGGAGGCUGCUGAGGGGAGGAAGGCUCAUAAUAAUGUCUGGAAUAGAGCGAUUGGAAACCAUGUAUUUGAUGUAUAUGACACCAUUCCACUUAUUCGGCUCCAGCCAUUACCAUGAGCCUGUUCUCCACAAUUAAGGUGCCAUCAACCUGUGGUGAAAAACCAUGCCACUCACUAGCACCCUCUGCAAUUAGCAUCAUGCUAACAUCUCCUGGUAGUGCUGCAGUGUGUGCAUAGACAUAGCCGCAGGAAUUAGGGGUGCUGAGGGUGCUGCAACAUCCCCAGAAAAAUCUGAAUUGAAAAAUAUAUAAUAUAAUAAUUGUAUUUAUUUAUUUUUUAACAAAAAUAGUGCACUGGGCCUUUACUGGUAUUAGUGGACCAAUAUAUACCUGUGUAGUGCAGGCAACAACAAAAAAAUCAGCAUCUCUGCUUUGACAAAAAAGGUUUAAUUAAGAACAGUAUCUUGCAGGAUUCAAUAGUUGGAAUUGUAAGAGUUGUUGCCCUGUCCCUUCUUCUGCGAUUAUCAUUUAAUGGAAUCUAGAAAGAACAAAACCCUGUCCUCAAACAUUUGCAUCAAAAGGUGCAAAGUUAUGGGUAAAGACACAACGCAUCCUCAUCAAAUUAAAUGUUUUUCUUGAAAUAACACUUUUUAAUCCGUGUUAAUUUACCAUCCUUACAAACCACUUAAUGUAAAUGUAGAUGACUGCAUUGUACAUAGGCUGGUCAUCUAGGUUUGUACCUGUAGACUUUCCAUCACCAUGAAGAUAAACAAUGUACAAUACAGUAAUUGAGUAGAUUGAGUCAUCAAGUGGAUUGUGAGGAUGUAAUUUUAUCAUGUGGCAGAGCAUGGCCCAGUUGGUAGAGCAUGGCCCUUGCAAUGCUAGGGUUGUGGGUUUGUUUUCCAUGGUGGACAGGUACGAUAAAGUUAGAAAAUGUAUGCACUCACUAUUGUAAAUUGCUCUGGAUAAGAGCGUCUACUAAAAGGGAAGAGGAAUAAAUAGACCAUUUCAGUUUUCACAUAGAAAUAAGUUGCAUUUGUAUUUCAAGAAACUGGAAAACAUAUAUUAAGCAAGUUGCAAAUGCUGGUACAAUCAAAUACAUUUAGUUUCAUUUUUUUCACAAAAGUAACUGGGCCUUUACUAGUCCUGUACUAGUGGACCAAUAGCCUAUAGACUUGUUCAGCGCAGACACAUUUUUUUUUUCUUGUAAUAAUUUGCUGCCCCACCCCCCCACCCCCAAACUACUUCACACGGCUAUAUGCAUAGGUUUCAUCUACUAGCACUUUGUACUGUAUUCAUGAGCUAGCUGUGUUGGGUUGGGGUCUAUUCCAACAAAAUGAUAACCAAAAGUAAACAGCAAUUUUGUCAAUUGGCUAAAUAAAAAAUCAAAUUGACCACAAAUCUGAUAUGUACAGGAUACACAGAUAAACAUGAUCUUUUCUGUUUCCAGGAGAUGGUCUCUUUUCCAGUCGUAUACUAUAUUACAUAGAUAGAAGUAGAGUGUUUACAGGUCGAUCAUCCCACCACAACACAAUUAGCUUUUGCACACAAGUUCUCCACAGAGCCACUGCCAUGCUCAACAAAAGCCAUAGUAAUGAACCAAUAUUACACCUUCACCCGCAAUGCUGUAUCAUUUUCACUAAGCUACGCUAAUAGUAUUUAUGUAACCACUGUGUAAAGACCCAUAAUAAAAUAAAAUACAUUGAUGCUAACACACAAGCCUGUUGUCUAAUCUGUCCUGAUGAUAAUGUUGUGUGCUGAGGUUAAGCACCCUAUCUGCAUGUGUGAGCACCUGAGAAGAGAGGGAGGGAAGGGAGUGGGGAGAGGAAAUAGAUGCAGGGAUGGUGGUGCAUACGUGGGAGAGGGGAGGAGGAGGGGACAGGUGAUAUUUAAGCCGCUGUCCGACUCUCUCCUCAUCCGUCUUUCCUUGUCUCUCUCUCUCUCUCCCUCUUCACCAAAGACAAAGGAGGCCCUCCAUCAGCACUCCAUCAGUAUGUCCAAGGAACCCUCUUCCAACCUGGAGAAUGCCAUGCAGAUGCUGAUCAAAACCUUCCACAAGUACUCAGGGAAGGAGGGUGACAAGUAUACUCUGAGCCGGGGAGAGCUGAGAGAGCUGUUAACAGAGGAGCUGGGGAGUUACCUAGGGAAUGCCCGGGAUGGAGAAGGGGUUGAGAAGGUGAUGAACGACCUGGACGCCAACAGCGACGGUGAGGUGGACUUCACAGAGUUCAUCAUCCUGAUGGGAGCCCUGACAGUGGCUUGCAACGACUUCUUCAUGGAAUACAAGCCCGAGAAACUUGUCCACACACCCUUUGAGAAAAAGGAGGCAACAUCGGAGAAGAAAGAGUGAAGGAAAAAAGGGAGGAGUGGGGAGGGACUGGGAGGAGGGAAGGGGGAGAAGGAUGGAAAGGGGCAAUGAACUGUGGAGCAACAGUAAAAGGGUACAAUUAAUGGUUGUAUGGUCAUGUUAUGCAAAUUUCUAAACCGUGCAAAUGAACUGUGUGAAAAGAGGCUGAGGGAACUUCACUUCACUAAGUAAGGUUUCGCUGAUGGAAGAACAGUGUGUUCCAUCUGCAACUAUCCAAAUACUUUUCAUACCAUAGUUAAGUCACAGAUCCGGAGUCAGUUACUCUGUGUCCUCAAAUGCAUGAGUGGCACUGUAUACAGUAGGGGUCAGCAACAGGCGUCCUGUGGCAUGCGAGUGAUUUUCUUUGCCACCCCCUAAACCUUUUGGUGAAAAAUAUUUUCUGGUGAUUUUACUUUUUUACUGUAAAAUCACCAGGAAUUCAGCAAAAAUGUGUUUCAUUUAGGAAAUCUGUUCAAGUAUUCACACAAAGUUUUUUUUUUAAAUAUGUGAUCGUGUCUCAAUGUAAUCAAUGUAUGAAAUUAUUCAAAUACAAUCUCUUUUUGGGCUUAGUUGUGGUACAUUUGCAGUGUACAGAUUAUUUUAAUUAUGUUCCAGCCCUCUGACCAUCCUCUCCAACUCUCCGGCUGACUCUAGUUGCCUACCCCUGGUAUACAGGGUAGUAUGUGUGAGAUCAGUUGUGUUCUCUAUUCAGUCUCAAAUUCCAAAUCAACUGUUUAAAUGAUUUGGAUGCAUAUUCAGGAUGGAUUUAAUUGAAAAUAUGAAUUUUUUCAGUGGAUGUUAUUGUAACACACCACCACCAAUGGAGUCAGAUCGGGGCCUAAAGCACAACAGGGUGAUACUGUCAUGAAUAUAAAGAUGAUAUCAUAAAUAAUAAAUAUCUUAAAUAUUUAGAAUAGGUUAUGUACUCAGAGUUGAACAUUUUAAUAUAAUUUACAUUUCUUUGCACAUAUUUUGUAAUCUGUUUUUGGUAAUUACCAAUGUGUUCUUCCAAACAUUAAACAUGACAUUUAAUCAGC